AUGAAUAACGAGGAAAAUAACUGUUUGGCUCACAGACAGCACGUUAAAUAUUUUAUGAGGUUUCUUAAUGUUCUCCCAUCAUCACUAUCAUCUCACGACACGACCAGGGUAACCAUAGCAUAUUUCUCAGUGGUCGGUCUAGAUGUAUUAGGUUCUAUAACAUCAAUGACAAUAGACAUGCAGUCGAGGAUAAUAGAAUGGAUAUACAGGCUGCAAGUUGAACCAAAUAAAGAAACUGGAGAUAUGACAGCCUGUGGUUUUCAAGGUUCUUCAACAAUUAACAUGCCUUUUGAUUCUGAGAAGAGUCAAUACAGAUGUGGUCAUCUGGCUAUGACUUACACCGGCCUGUGUGUGUUGCUGACUUUAGGUGAUGACCUGUCUAGAGUGAACAGGAAAGCCUUGGUUGAAGGUGUAAAAGCCUUACAGCGUGAGGAAGGUAAUUUCUCAGCGACACUAUCUGGUUGUGAAUCAGACAUGAGGUUCGUGUAUUGCGCCGCUUGCAUCAGCUACAUACUGAACGACUGGUCUGGAUUUGAUGUUAAACGAGCCACUGACUACAUUAUAAAUUCCAUAGGUUACGACUACGGUAUUGCCCAAUGUCCGGAGCUAGAAUCCCAUGGUGGUACAACAUUCUGUGCACUGGCAACACUCAGUUUAACAAACCAAUUGGAUAAACUAACUAUAGAACAAAUAGAAGGUUUAAAAAGAUGGCUACUUUUCAGACAGAUAGAUGGUUUCCAAGGUCGCCCAAACAAACCCGUGGACACUUGCUAUAGUUUUUGGGUAGGCGCUUCAUUGAAGAUAUUGGAUGCGCUACAUCUAUCUAACUUCGAGAGCAACAAGAGUUAUGUGUAUGAAACUCAGGAUUGCGUUGUUGGUGGAUUCUCAAAAUGGCCGGAUACAUGCACAGACCCUAUGCAUACAUACCUUGGUUUAGCCGGACUUAGUUUGAUAGGUGAGAACGGUUUACUUGAAAUUGUACCAACUUUAAACAUAACGAAGAAGGCCCAUGAUCAUAUGAAAUAUUUACACCAAAUGUGGGAGACAGAAUCAUAG